AUGACUGCGUUGGCGGGGUCAAUAUCCAUGAUGAUGCGACCCACGCUGGCUCAGAACUACCCCCGCAGCGGCUUCCCACUGGAAGUGUCCACCCCACUGGGUCAAGGCCGAGUCAACCAGCUCGGAGGAGUGUUCAUCAAUGGCAGGCCUCUGCCCAACCACAUCCGACAUAAGAUCGUGGAGAUGGCCCACCACGGCAUCAGGCCGUGCGUCAUCUCCCGGCAGCUCCGGGUCUCCCACGGCUGCGUGUCCAAGAUCCUGUGUCGGUACCAGGAGACGGGCUCCAUCAGACCCGGGGCCAUAGGAGGCAGCAAACCCAAGCAGGGAACAACACCGGACGUGGACAAGAGAAUCGAAGAUUACAAGCGGGAAAACCCGGGUAUGUUUAGCUGGGAGAUUCGGGAUAAAUUACUGAAGGAUGGGAUAUGUGACCGCAACAACGUGCCUUCAGUGAGCUCAAUCAGUCGCAUCAUGCGGAGUAAGUUUGGGGUUAAAGGCGAUGAGGAGGAGGAUGAGGAUGAGAUCGAGAGGAAGGAGUUGGAGGACCACGACCGCAGGGCCAAACACAGCAUUGAAGGCAUCCUGGGAGACAGAUCGAGUCACUCAGACGAGGGUUCGGACGUGGAGUCGGAGCCAGAUCUGCCACUAAAGAGGAAGCAGCGGCGCAGUCGGACCACCUUCACCGCGGAGCAGCUGGAGGAGCUGGAGAGGGCCUUCGAGAGGACACACUACCCCGACAUCUACACCAGGGAGGAGCUCGCCCAGAGGGCCAAACUCACAGAGGCCAGGGUGCAGGUGUGGUUCAGCAACAGGCGGGCAAGAUGGAGGAAGCAGGCAGGAGCCAAUCAACUGAUGGCAUUUAAUCACCUGAUCCCAGGGGGUUUCCCUCCUUCAGCCAUGUCCAGUAUCCCUCCCUACCAGCUCUCUGACAGCCCCUACCCCCCCUCAUCUAUAGCACAAGAGCCACCCAGCACGGUGCAUCGGCCCCAGCCCCUGCCUCCCUCCUCGGGCCACCAGGCCUCUGGACCCGGAGGACAGGGGGACGGAGGCUCUGCUUACUGCCUCUCCUCAGGACGCCACUCCUUCUCAGGCUACUCCGACAGCUUUGUGGGCCCCGGGGGUCCGGCCAAUCCCAUGAACCCCACCUUAGGAAAUGGCCUUUCUCCACAGGUGAGGCUACAUAUGUGUGUGAUUGGUCUGCUGAACCCAGGCGGCGUGCCACAUCAGCCCCAAAGUGACUACGCCAUCUCCCCUCUGACGGGAGGCCUCGAGCCCCCUGCCGGCAUGUCUGCCAGCUGCAGCCAGCGCAUGGACCACAUCAAGGGCCUGGAGGGUCUUACCAGCGUUCCGUCCAUGUCCGCUCUGCCCUCCCUGCCCAGCUCCCAGUCCUACUGCCCCCCCUCCUACAGCUCACCGGGCUACACUGUCGACCACGUCGCGUCCUACCAGUAUGGCCAGUACGGACAAAGUGCCCUUCCUUAUCUGAGGCCUGAGAUCACCUGA